GUGUGGUUUGCGUUGAGUGUAGUGUUUGAGUGUGUGUUUUGAUUGUCUUCAUCGGUAACCACACGUCACUCACUCUCGGCUCAGACAAUGUCGUCGGCUUUGGAUCAGUUGGAGACCAAUCUGGAGUCGCUGACCGAGAAUGUGCGACAACUGGGUAUAAUCGUGUCGGACUUCCAGCCCCAGGGUCAGGGACAGACCGCUCUCAACACCAAACUUAAUCAAAUCGUGACAUCACUGCAAGACAUCGAUCGCAUCAAGAAUGACAUGACCGGCAAAAGCAGUGACAUUCAGGUCCCGCUGGAAGUGUUUGAGUAUAUCGAUGAGGGAAGGAAUCCACAGCUCUAUACGAAAGACUGUAUGGAGAAAGCGCUGCAGAAGAAUGAGUUAGUGAAGGGAAAGAUCGACUCCUAUCGGAGAUUCAAAGCCAUGCUUUUGGUUGAGUUGUCGAAAGUGUUUCCCAACGAAAUCAGCAAAUAUCGGGCCGUUAGGGGCGACGAAAGGCCCUCCAACUGAUCACUCGCU